AGGGAAGCUGAGCCUUGGCCUUCUUCCUUCAUCGAGCAUGCACAUUACUUUCUCUGGUGAUGAUGGUCAUUCAGAGCAACUAGCACUCUUAAGCGAUGCCUUUGAAGAUUCAGAAGUCAGGAUUGAAGAAAUAUCAGCUGAUAAUUCUGGACGUUCUUUCCUCAUCAGGAUUUCUGAAUCUAAAAUAUUUUACUACUGGUGUGCUGAAAAGUCAAAGGAAUGUGGAAUGGAGCUUCUUGCAAAGAUGAAAAAUCUACUUCAGGGCAGGCCAACCCUCUCUGAUCUCACAGGCAUCUCCAAUUCACGACUUGAUGCAUUUGUCACUAACUUACAUGCUUAUCUUCGCGCACCAAGUAUUGGAGAUGCUAAAUCGCUGGGAUCAUCUAGCGACUUCUUCAGUAUUUCAAUAUCACAUAGUCAACUUUUACAACCCCCAUCAGUCGUUUCCAGGCCUUCAAGGUCUCGCACCUUUACCGCUAAUGCAACAAAAACAAGUUCAAUCUAUCAAGCCAGUCUGAGCCCAAGGUCCAACACUUUUAAAGAUGGGGUGCCAAGGAACUCUUGUACAAAGGUUGUUGGAAGAGAAAAGCUGAAGCGGCGUGGUGAAUGGUUGAGCCCAUCAACUGCUCUGGCAGAUGCAAAUCCGUUGAUAACGAAGAGUCUUAACCCUGAUUCAUCCAGUGAGGUGUGUGAUGGGGAUUGUUUAAAAGACAGUGUGACUUCAGCUCCUUCAGAUUUGCCUCUUUCAUUUCCCUUGCUGCCACCUCUUUAUCCUUUUCCAACUCAAUGUCCACUCUCUGAGGGUUCUUCAGAGAGUCCGUUUAAGCCGUACUAUUGCUGGUGUCCGCCAUGCCCAUCGUCACUGCAGUACAGUGUAACUCCUCUGCAUAUGCCGGUAACAUCUGUAGAACCGUUUCCCCAACCACCUUUGAGCUCACUGGUAUCGAAUGAACAACCAUCUGCUUCAUCAAUUUCUGCAAAGCUGGAUGCCACCGAUCCACCUACACUUAACUUUCCAUCAAUACUUCAUGAUCCCGUACUUCACCUGCCGCUUCCUACUUCAACACUUGUUCCCCUACAUGGUUCUAUGGUUUCCACAUUUCCUUUACUUCAUCUGCCGUUUCCAACUUCACCACUUGUUCCUGUGCAUGGUUCACAGGUUCCAACAUUUCCUCUGCUUCACCUGCCACUUCCUACUUCACCACUUGUCUCCCUGCAUGGCUCACAGGUUCCAACGUUCACACCGUUGAUGUCUGAUCCUAUUGUGCAUGUCCCAGUGAUUGAUAUGUGUUCCUCCGGUCAGGCUUAUCUGGUGAGUUGUGGGCCUUCUAUAACUUCAGCUGGUCCCCUGCUGCCUAGCUUGAACCCUCUGGUUCCAGAAACAGAAUCGCUGGUUGAGAGAAGUGCUAGGGAAACACUGAUGAGGCUUAUAGCUUCAACACCACCGUCAAGCCACCCCCAGUUGAUCAACAUUCUCCCUGCAGUCCUGACUGAUGUGCCUGGAAAUAUUUCCCGGUCUGCUAAUGUGAACAUGCAUGUUGGUGUCCAUCGGAAUGACAUACUUCUUAGUUCAUCUUGGGGUGCUAAUGUGAUCGGAAGUGGGAUUGCAGCCAUGGAACUGCACGCGGAGGAGGAGGUUUCCAGUGGGCAUGAUGCUCAUACAAUGGUUUCAUUCACAGAGUUUGACGAUGUCAAUGUCGAUCGUGAUCAGCCCCAUUUCAGGAGAAUGUAGAUUGACAUGGGGAUUGUCUCGAGCUCUUUGUUUGUUUGUAAUGUAAGAAUAUUUUGAACGGUAGUUAUCUACAUGGUAAUAGGCUUACGCUGCCUAUUUCCUAUGGUCUCUGCCCAGCUAAAAGGCUGAUUUGGUUCAUAAAUGUAAUUAUUUGUAUGUACUGUAUUUUAAUUUGACAAAAACGGCAAAGCUAGUUUUUUUUUUCGCGUGCAA